AUGGAAACUCCUUUAUAUUCUGUACAUAGAAUAAGUUUUCCAUCAGUUACAGUUUGUAAUUACAAUCAAAUUUUUCGUACAUGUUGGUUUAGAGUACGUAAUAUAACAUGUUGUAAAGUUUUCUUUGAAUUAAAAACUUUUAAUGGAUUCUGUUGGACAUUUAAUUCAAUAUAUCAUAAGGAUAAAUUUGAAUAUGAGAAUCCAGAGCCAGUAUAUCCGUGGAGAGCGGCACAAGGUGGUAAAAGAUCAGGUCUUGUUGUAACUUUUAAUUUAAAUAAAACAACGCAUCGACCAAAUUUUCCUCAUGAAAAAGGAAUAAUGGUACAUGUUGGUGAUCCAAGAGAAAUGUCUGAACGUGGUCAAAUUAUAUCAUCGAAUAAAAUUGGAUUCUUUUCAGUUAAUCCAAUUUCGUAUGUUAUUGUACCAGGUGCAAAAUCUAUUGAACCAAAAUAUCGUAGAUGUAUUUUUGAUAAUGAAAUUGAUAAUGUAACUUAUUAUACAUUGCCGGAUACAAGUUUUCGAUAUUCAAAUUGUAUGUUAGAAUGUAAAAGAAGAUUUUUAUAUGAAAAAUGUGGUUGUGUUUAUGGAGCAUUUUGGCCAGUUGGUAAAUCGAUUGAAUGUAAUUUUUCCCAAAUAAAAUGUAUUGGAAAAUAUACUGAUCAAAGCUAUACAGUUAGAACAUUUAAUAGCCAAAAUAAAGAAAUUAAUGGAACAAGUGUUAUAUGUAAUUGUACAUUUACAUGUACUUAUGUACAAUAUGAUUAUGAUGUUCGAUUCUCUAACAGAUCUUUUGGUCAUAUUUCAUCGAAUGGUACUGAAAUUGCAGAAGUUGAUAUUUAUUUUCAUAAUAAAGUAAUGACAAAAUAUAAUAAUCAUGUGUUGUGGACGUGGUUAGAUCUAUUUGUUCAUAUUGGAGGUUUGGCAUCACUCUUUCUUGGAUGUUCAUUUAUGAGUGCUUUUGAAUUUGUGUAUUUUACAAUUGUUGGAAUUAUAAUCUGUUUGAAAAUAUGUUUUAAUAGACAAUUAUCAUAA